GGCGGAGCUACACCUAAAGCUCACACUCCGGACGCCUGGGAUACUCGCUCUUAUAACGCAGUGGUGCAAUCCGUUCAUUUGUGGUGGGGGUUGCUGGUUCAGGCUGCUCGAGUCCAGGUGGUCGUGAGUGAUAGUUGAGGAUGGGAGCGCAGAGCUCCGCGCAGCGGGACGGGAGGAGCGGGGAGGAGGAUGCGGCAGUCUCAGCCUCAGCCUCCGCAGGAGAGCUCGGUGCGGAGGUGAAGGUGCUCCAGGAGGGAGGCGGCGUACUCGACAGCAAGCCUUUGGAGAAAAAUGGACAAAUCUCCAGCAUGAGCAGCCUGAAUGGACACUCGGAGGACAACAUUUUGACUGAAGUUGGACAACCAGAUGGUGUGUCCGUGGCUCAGAAAGAGGAGACUCCCGAGAACAUGGACACCAUCCCAGACGAGGUGACGGCUCAAGUAAAUGGGGAAAAAGUAGAUAAAGAAUCCCCUGAUGCUAAUAACAUAUCUGCAGUAGAAGCGAAGGCAACAGAUGAUAAAUCUGACGACGCAAGUGAAGUUGGCUUCAAGAAGAUCUUUACCAUUGUGGGCUUGAAAUUCACAUUGAAGAAAGACAAAAGUGAUGAGGGCGAGCCAGUGAAGCUACUGACAGUCAAGGAUAAAGAAGGAGAGGUCAACGAGUCUGAUGAAUCCACAAAAGACAAGGAGGAUGCCACCACUGAUGACAACGGUAAAAGUGAGAAAGUGGAGACUGAAACAGAGGCUAAGAAAGAAGUCACUAAAGUCACAGACAAAGCUGAAGCCAGCGAUACCACUGAUGGCCAGCCUGAAGCUGCUGCUGCUGAGGGUUCAAGUGAAGCAGUCAAGGAGGAAGAAGCUGGGAAGGAAGGCAAAACCCCUGCUCCAUCCAAGGAGCCUGGUUUGUCACCCUUCAGGAAGCUCUUCUUUAUAGGACUCUUCUCAAACCUGAGAAAGAAGACCAGCGUCAAGAAGCUGAAAGAGGAGGAGGAAAAGGAGGCCGUUGCACAGGAGGAUGCAGCGAAGUCGGAGGAACCUGUGGCUGAAGAAAAAGAGAAGAAAGAUGGUGCGGCGCAGGAAACAAAUGAAGAGAAAGGUGUGGCAGAGCAGGAAAAAAAGGAGGAAAGUGCUGUGACCGAACUGAAAACAGAGGAGAAAACUGCAGCAGAGGUGGAAAAGAAGGAAGAGGAGGAACCCAAGAAGGAGGCGGCAGACACUCACGCAGAGUCAAAAUCUGAGACCAAAGAGGAGGUCCUGACCACUCCAAAGGAAGAAAAAUCAGUCGGUGCCCCAGAGGUCACCGCUGAACCCCCUGUUCCUGCAGAAACGACUAAUGAAAGCAAACAAGAGGAGGAAAAGGCAGAAGCUGCUGCAAAGGAGGACAAGGCACCAGUGGAGGCGACCCCUGAGGCAGAGCUCGUGUCAUCGCAGGAGAAGGUCAAGCCCCACGGCAGCCCCCUGAAGAAACUCUUCACUGGAACCGGCCUGAAGAAGCUCUCAACUAAGAGACAGAAGAGCAAGAAAGAUUCUGGCGAGCAGGGGACCGAGCAGCUCCAGUCCUCCACGGAGUCAGAAGAGCCUCCUAAAGCUGACAGUGGGCCCUCAUCCCCGGAGGCAUCUGGGGAGCACGUGAUGGCUGUGGAGGUGAACCAGAAUGAGGCUGAAAGUGAGGUUGUGUCUGACGGUGAGAAGAAAAAAGACGGUGUCAUGGCCUCCUUCAAGAAACUGGUCACGCCUAAGAAGCACGGUAAAAGAUCUUCUGAUAGUGAAGACGAAGGCACAGGUGACAAACCUGCAAAGUCCGACACGCUGUCUUCUUCUGAAAGUGCUCCACUAGCAGAUACGGCUGUUGAAAAGGAAGACGCCAAGGAAGAAAAGGCCUCAGAGGAGACUGAAAACACAGAGAAACUGACCAGUAGCACUGAGGAGGCCAAAAAGAAAAUGGACACCUCUGUUUCCUGGGAGGCUUUAAUGUGUAUGGGUGGACCCAAAAAAAGGACAAGGAAGACCUCUGAUUCUGAUGAUGAGGAGACCAAGGCUGAAGAUGAGCUGCCUGCAGCAGCACCAGCAGGAGGAGAAGGGGACAAAAAAGAGGACAAAAAUGAGGCUGCAGUCCCCACUGCCUCCAAUCCUGAGAGUGAAGUAAUAGUUGCUGCUCCUGCUCCUGCUCCUGCUCCUGCUCCUGCACCUGAGCCACCAAGCGCCCCCGCGGCUAGAGCGUCACCCUGGGCCACGCUGAAGCGCUUAGUUAUCGCCAAAAGUAAGCCCAAAACCGAGGAAAAGCCUGAAGUUCCUGCUGACCAAGUACAGCCAGAGGCAGAAGCACCAAAAGACGAGUCGUCAUUCUCUCUGAAGAUGUUCUUCCCCGUUCGCAGGAAGAAGGUGGUUGAGAAACAAGUCUCCAUCGACCAGGGCUUAGGGGAGGAAGACUCCGACACCCCAGCUGUGGUUCCUCUCUCAGAGUACGAUGAAAAAGUUGAAGCGGCACCCAGUGAACCAGAGCAAACGGCCGAAGCCCAGAACAAAGCGGACCCCGAAGACAGAGCCCCGUCAUGGAUCCCAGCCGCCCUUGACGACGCCGCUGAAAAACACGAUCAGCUGAGCGAUAUCCCAGAGGAGGCAGAAAAUGCAGCCACGCCAAAGUCCGUUGACACCGAUGUUGCAGAGGAGGAACCCGAGGACCAGGCCAUGCCGUGUAAGGGUCCAGAGAAUAUGGGGCGCAGACUGUCCACUGCUGAAGUGAAGCCUAUCGCUCAAGCCCCAGCUGCAUCCACGUCCCCUGUUCCUCGGGGACCCAAGAGUGAGAAUGCACAAACGCUUUUUAGCAAUAUUGAGCCCCACAUCACAGAAAUUCCAUCCCAGUCAGUUGUGACCCUUGAAGACGUACCAGUAUCGGUAGCUUCAAAAAAACCUGAAGAGGAACUCCAAACAGAUGUUGCCACGUCUGAGACAAACAUCACCCUGGAGGCACAUGGACAUGGUGACGCCCUCGCCAUCUGCACUGGCCUUGAAACUAAGGCAAUUGAAACAAUCGCUGUGGACGAGCCCGGCGAGGCUACUGCGGAGGCUCUGAUUCCAGUCAGCGAUGUCGUGACCACGGAGGUGGCUGUGGAGGAGAAGCCUUUAGUUUCAGAAGAAGCAGCUGUCACAGAAGACCCUGUGGAGAAGGCUCUCGUAAACCAAGUAGAAACCCUUGAGCUCGAACCUCUCACUGAAAAUUUAGUGGCUGUCGCAGCAGAUGUCGAAGCUGCCAGUGGGAGUUAUGAAUCUGAAAUUGAGAAAGUCGGAGUUGUCAGCAUCGAAAGCUCUGAGGUCAUCCAGCCCACCACACCAAAGGAGAACUCACCAAAAACUGUAGUAGUCAGUCCUAUUGCGCCAACUCUUGAAACACCAUUGUGCACCGAGACUGCAGAGGUCUCUGAGGUGACUGUAGAGACCAGAGAAAUGGAAGUAGAGCCGGAGCAGCUUGUUGUAACCGAAGAAAGUACGAGUCAGAACGUGGACGAAGAGGUGUCAACCCCCAAAGUACAAGGGGCUCAGACAGCCACCCCCGUAGUGGUACCAAGUGAAGAAACCGCUGUUGUCACAGAGACGGUAGUUUUUGUUGCCCCAACUGAGAGUCAAGCAAACCACCAGGCAACAUCAGAGAUGGCAGUCAUGGAAAAUUCACCAGAGCCAGCACCUGUCGAUGUUCAACCUGUGAUGGAGGAGCAAGAAACUCAAGAGAAGCCUGUUGUCACUCAGGCAAAUCAAAAGACAGAAGAAAUGACAGAAGAAGUCUAUCCACCAAGUGAAAUUGAGACUCAGAGUGUGGUCAUCGCCGAGGCUGCCAUCCAGGAUGCUGUAGAGAAAGUUGCAGCAAAGCCUAAAAGCCCUAGCAACCAAACAUCCACCAACCCACCACCAGAACACGCCAUAGCAACAACAGAAAACGAGAUUGAAACUGCGAACGAACAGCUCGUUAUCACUGACACCCCCGUUCCUGUUACCUGCGAAAAGCCAUUGAAAAAGUCAUCUCAGCCACUCUGUGUUGCCAUGGAAAUGAUUGAGACAGUGCCAAUAGAGGUCACAGAGGACAUUAACAAACAGAAAAAGAAGGAAACAAAAGAAAAAGAAGAGAAACCAGUGAAAAGAUUAAAGCAAGCUGAGAUGGUAACAGAAAGUGAAGAAAUUGUCUUUGAGGAAGAAAUGGUCAUUGACGAAGAAAUAACAGAGAGCGAUGAAUGUGUUGAACAGCACAAGGAAGAGAGCACAGUUAGCAAGCCAGAGGCCCCUUCAGAGGAGAAAAAAGAGAGUCCUGCGAUCCGCCAGCCAGUGCAGAUGGUACUGCAGGCGGUAGAGAUGUGCGAGGACGCGCCGUUCGAAGUGGAAACAGUGGAGGAGUUUGAUGAGAACAGCAGCGCGGCAGCUGAGAAUCCCUCAAGUCAAAACAAGUGCUCAGAAGCGUCAGAGGGACAUCCAGAAACAGGUUCAGCAGAGGCAGCUGCUCCCAGCCAGGGAACAGAUGAGGAAGAGAAGAAGCCCUCAGCAAAGUGUGCGGAAGUGAUGGCGCAAGUGAUCGAGGUGAUUGAAGAGGCCGUGAAGGAGAUCGAACCUCUGUCCACAGAGAUCACAGCAGCAUCAUGAGAAGAUGAAGAUAGAAGAGCCUGGGAGACGCAUGCUCUAGACCAGGAAGUGACUGAUGAGGGAGAGAGAGUGAGAGAGUGAGAGAGGAUGCUCUGUGGUAACACACCCCGACUGAGCCUGGCCCAUCCCGCCCAGAGAGACUGAGCACCAGCAUUCUCUCCAGCUCCCCUGUCCUCCAUCCCUCUCCCCUGUAACCACGUCACAGCUACGUGACCCCCCCACACACCCCCCUCACACACACCGCCAGACCCUCACUCACUCUCACACUCUCAUGCAUGUCCUGUGCCUCAGAAGCAUCCCACCUGGCUUGUGAUCACUCUCAACGUCCUUUCGGUGUCUUAGUGACUUUCCAUUGCCCUCGUUGCAUAAGAUGAAAGUCUGCAUCCUGGUUGACAGUGGAUAUGUGUUUGUGUGCGUAUGCAAGAGUGUGUGCGUGUGCAUUUUUAAGUGUAUAGCAGACGGAGUGAGAUGAUGUGAGAAGGUGCAGAGAUGGAGGAUUCCUGUAUAUUAUAUUUAUGUUUUAAGUAUUCAAAUUUCGAGUCUUUCUUUCCUCUUUUAUUUUUGGUUUGAUCUAUUUUGUUAUAUGGAUAUUGUUGUCUUUUUUUUUUUUUUUUUUUAAUAUACACAUUAUGCUGUGAUGCAUCAGGUAUUUUUAGCAAUAUGAUAGAAUAUUAAAUUUGAUGCAGAGGAGCAUUUUGAAAGGUUUCUCGUUAACUAAUCAGAAUCUACUAAAACGAAAAAACAACAACUUGCAUUAAAGUGCGUUUUGCAUCACAUCUUUAACUGAUAUAUUAUUUCACGGAUUUGUAGCAGUUACGACUAAUCCAUGGUACAUGUAUGAUUCUGGUGGCAGAGAAAGUAACAAGAGGGCAGAAAAUGUGACGUUAUCAACCAGGAAUGCACCAAAUGUUUGAAUUUUGACACAUCGCCUCGUCACGACUUGUAAUUCACUCUGCACCUCGUUGAAAAAGACUUCAUAUGUGAGUUAUGUAAGCAAACAAUCACUGCCUGAGUUACUGUGAAGACAUUAUUACACGUUGUUUCAUGUGAUAAUAAAAUACUAUGACAACACGCUAACUUGAUACUGUGGCAGAAGUAUCUGGUAAAUGCUGUAUUGCAAAGAAUAUAGAUUACAGUUUUUAAUGUAUAUUUAAAAAGAAAACACAGUGGUAUCAUGUUCACGGUGUUUUAUGUUCAUACAAAGCAGUUCAAGGCUUUCUUUGUUCUAUAUAUUCACUGAUAAAGUGUUUUGACACCCUCUGCUGCAAGAAAAAAAUCAUUACAGCUUUUAGCCACAGUUGUUUCAACUUUAAAUGUGGUAGUAGAUAAAGUGUGAAAUGAUUGCUGUUCUCUAAUAAUCUCGACCUGCACUUUGCUGCGUCCUUUACCAAGCGUUAUAGUUCUGGUUCAUGACAACUGGCCCCAGGGAGGACUUACACCGAGUGGCUGAUAACUUAGAAAGGCACAGAGACAAACUGCAUGGUACCAGAAAUAAAUACUAAAGUUCAUUUUGCUCUUAAUUUAAAAGCCAAAUCAAGUUAGGAUUAAUCAGGGAGCCAUGGUCUUUCCAUCGAUCACAGGAUGAGACAUCAGUUGCAUCCAAUUAAAUUCCCAAAAACAUCCCCACAGCUACUUUGAUUUAGGCAUCAGAUCUUGCCUGUAAGGUAAGAUCUUAUUUCACCAGUAAAAGAGGAUGUUUUAGGGCAGUUUUAACCACCAAAGCAAAUAUAACUUGUUAACACUUGUGUUUGUUUAUGUCCAAUCAACUUUUUUAAAAAAGAAUUAAAGAAAGAGGAAAAGCACAUUGCCAAUCAUGAACAUUGUUUGGUAAUUGUUUGUAUAAUCCAUUUAAUUUAAUUUGGAGCCUGAUAUCAAGAGCUCUAAAGGCUCAUACUUCAUUCAGCUUUAUGACCAAACAAAAGUAAGAUUGGAAAGUUUCUACUUCAUUUUACUUUGACUCCAGAAGGCAUGAUGGAUCCACGUUUGCUUUAUGUAAAAUAAUUAGAAAAAACCCAGAGAACUGAGAACUCUAGCUGUCGUUGCCUGAUGUGAAGCAUCUAAAUGCAGCUCCCUUCACCCCCGACAUCUUCCCUGCUUUUGUAACACGUAACUGUGAACCUGUUAACAUUUGUACAGAUUGUAUACCUACUGUAUGUACUUAGUAUUGUUAUAUUAACCAAUAACCUGCAGCCAUUUACCAUAACACUCACGUAGCAUGGUCUUGCCUUUUAUAUUUUCAAAGCUGUUAAUAGUAAGGAUUCAGAAAAGUGUCUUUAUUUCAUUCAAUAAAGUUAGAGAAAAUUUG